UCAGUCCCACUCUGAUUCACUCUAUCGGCGUGUAUUUGUGGGGACGGGUAGUUGGAGUAAGGAGUCGCCGGGCGGCAGUGCAGCUCAAACGCUUUUUGGAGAGAAACGCCGCUGAAAUUGCACCACAGACGGAGGAAACAACCCCCGGUGACGAAAUUAUUCAACGCAAGAACUGCGCCACACGCACAACCAACAAACGCAGACAGGCUAUCACAUGCUAGGCAGCUAGCAUCCCUGAAAACUGACGGGAUCAAGGUGUUGAUCGCUAGCCUCCCAGCUAAUUAUCCAUCAGCUAGGCAUCCUCCUGCCGUAGCAUCAUUAGCUUUCUUCUGCUCUUCGCGCACGUCGAGACUUCACCAUUGCUCGUGGCGGUGCCUUUCAGCUUGCGAGCACCAAAUCCCACGUUCAGACAGAAAUAGACAACGGGAGCUUCUUCACGAGCUGCUGGUGCUGGAGACAGCGUCUGCGUUGCAAUAGUUGCCACCAUCACACCCAUCUCCCAACCCCUUCACCACCUCUGCCCCUCUCCUGCCACCCGAAACACUGGAAAUCCACAAGCGGAGCGGGCCGGAGAGCGCCGACGGGCCGGCGAAGCUGGGGGCCCUCUUACGAUACCCGACUCGCCUGGAGUCGUAGCGGCCAACAGAAAGCUCAACUGUGGAGACGUACCGACGAGUAUGGACGGGCUGGCCGUGGAAGUUCGCGGCUCGAAUGCGGCCUUCUACAAGGGCUUCAUCAAAGAUGUCCACGAAGACUCACUCACAAUUGUUUUUGAAAACAACUGGCAGCCAGAAAGACAGUUGCCCUUCAGCGACGUACGGUUGCCUCCUCCAGCCGAAUACCUCAAGGAAAUCGGUGAAGGGGAAGAAGUGGAGGUUUACUCCAGGGCCAACGAACAGGAGCCAUGUGGCUGGUGGCUGGCCCGGGUCAGAAUGAUGAAGGGAGAGUUCUACGUGAUCGAAUACGCGGCAUGCGACGCCACAUACAACGAGAUUGUCACAGCGGAGCGCAUCAGGCCCCUCAACCCCAACAGCCCAUCCUCUCGAAACUCCUUCCACAAGGUCCCCAUCCCUGUCCCAGAAGACCUGAGGGACAUCUGUGAGAGCGAGAACAUUCACAAAGACUUCAGGAAAGCUAUCGGAGCCAACUGCAUCUUCUACAGUACCGAAUCACACGAACUCAUCGUGCUGUCUACAAACGAAACCACAGUAAAGCGUGCAACACUUCUGAGCGACAUGCAUUUCCGCAGCAUCCGUACCAAACUCAUGCUAAUGUCCCGCAACGAGGAAGCCACCAAACAUUUGGAGACAAGUAAGCAGUUAGCAUCAGCGUACCAGGAGGAGGUGAAGGUCAGGGAGGACCUGAUGGGACUUGCCAUCGGUUCCCACGGCGCCAACAUCCAGCAGGCCAGGAAGGUGGCCGGAGUCACAGCCAUCGAGUUAGAGGAGGAGAGCUGCACAUUCAGGAUCUACGGAGAGUCCCCAGAGGCAGUAAGGCAGGCUAGAGAGUUUCUCGAGUUCAAAGAAGACUACUUUCACGUACCGAGGGACCUCGUAGGCAAAGUCAUCGGCAAGAACGGCAAAGUCAUUCAGGAGAUUGUUGACAAGUCAGGCGUGGUCCGCGUCAGGAUCGAGGGAGACAACGACAAAAAGCCCCGAGAGGAGGGGGGCAGGCAGGGGGCAGGCAGGGACGACACUGCCCCCGUUAAAGAGGGCAUGGUUCCCUUCGUCUUUGUGGGAACUAAAGAGAACAUCAGCAAUGCUCAGGCUCUGUUGGAGUACCAUGUGUCCUAUCUCCAGGAGGUGGAGCAGCUGCGCCUGGAGCGUCUCCAGAUUGACGAGCAGCUCCGUCAGAUCGGGGUUGGUUACCGCGCUCCUGCUAGCCGACCUGGGGGCCCCGGUGUUGAACGGGAGAAAGGUUACUUAACAGAUGAUAGCAGCAACUCACUCCACACCUCUCGCACCUACGGAGGCCGCGGCAGAGGGCGUAGGACCUCAAACAGCCAGUACUCUGGAUAUGGCACAAACUCUGAGCUGUCCAAUACUUCUGAGACAGAGGAAUUGGGGCGAUCGCGACCAGCGGCCCCGUGAUUAGGGGCCGAUGAGCGAGGAUCCCGACGGGGCGGCAGGGGCCGAGGCACAAACACAGGACGAGGCCGUGGGGGGCCAGGGGCCAAGCCUUCCAACUCCAUCAGCUCAGUGCUGAGGGACCCGGACAGUAACCCGUACUCCCUGCUGGAAGGCGAGGGAGAGCAGGCCGAAUCUGACAUUGUUGAUGGCGUGGCAGACCGCCGCAGACGCUCCAGACGUCGCCGUAACGACCAGGAGCCCAGCGUGAUGGAUGCUGCCGCAGAGUCAGACGGCCAGGCCGCCCCCAGUGAGAACGGACUGGAUGAUGAAGCCCGACCUCAGCGCCGCAACCGAAGCCGGCGCCGUCGCAACCGUGGCAACCGCCCAGAGGGAGGUUCAGCCAGCCGUGAAAGACAGACAGCUGAAGGUGUGACUGUUGCUGACUACAUAUCCCGUGCUGAGUCCCAGAGCAGACAGAACUUGCCCCAGAAGGAAAACCACGCUGGUUCCGAGCCCAAGGAGAACGGGACCAGCGACACAAAGGAUGAGCGAACGCCCUCCAUGGGUUCCCCCAAAGGCAUGAGCUCGGCCAGCGAGACCCUGACCUUGGUCAACGGGGUCUCGUAAAGAGACGGCCCUGCCCCUCGCGAACCCAAGUCUAGAGCAAGACUCCAUGGCAAACUCUGUCCCUGCUUGCAUUAACUUAAACCUUAAACUGAUGAGUGAAAAGUACCUGACAAAAUACCUGAAUUCCUACUAUGAGAGUAUAAAAGUACAAAAAAACGACAAACGCAUCUACUUAAAAACACACGUUAACGGUGUAUGCUAUCCUAUCUAUCAGUACUUAGUGCUUAUUUAAAAAAAAAAAAAAAAAAAAACUAGCUUGCCAAAAAAGAGCUGGUGGAUAUGACUUGAUUUUUAAAAAUACUGAAAUACAAGAAACAGGACGAGACUUUUUUUUGUUGUUUUUCAAAAGGUUGUCUUUAUUUGUGUCUUUUCGUUAUGUUUAUUUUGUUCAUUGUUUAUCACUGGUUUGGACUCGGCAGUCGCUCUCUCACCCAAAACAGAAGCGUCUCUUCACAGUGUUAAUGUACAGACGAGAGAGAUGUAAGCUGUAGGGAGCGGCGUACAAGCAGACAGUCCAAUAGCUUAUGUGACACGACGUUCACACACUGAACCUGGGAGUGGAGACAGACAGACAGAUUGGAAUAUUGAUAGACAUUGUGCCUUGAAUUUGAAAAAAAAAUAAUAAUAAAAAAAAAAAAACUUGAGUUUUUCCAUUAAGUUUGCUUUUGUUUCCUAAGAGGAAGAAAACGAGGGAGAGGUGUUCUUCCAGGUUUUUUUUUUGGUUAUAAAAAAGACAGACCUGUGAGGGAGUGACGAGUGAAAAAAGGAUACAGAAAAGGAAGAGUGGCUGGCCAACGUGAGGAAGAAAGUCUGGUGCCAAACACAAAAUUCAAGGCGCUUGUUCUCAUUCUGAGUAGAAUGGACGGCGUAGGGGUGCAUAUGUGCCCGUGUGAGAUAUUUGGCAACCACAAAACAAAACUGGGAGGGGUGAGGUAACAAAACGUAGCCCUGGGCGGGUCGCACGGUGAGGCAUCUCUGAUAGCAACAGGCCUGAGGGGGUGUCUUCCUCCUCUUUCCUGAUUUAGCUCUUAUUGAGGGUCCAUGGUGGCUCCCACACAGCCUUGUAAACAGGACAGGCUGAGACCAGACGGACGGCAGACUUGAAACUAUAGAUUUAGACUUAAAGAGAACUAUACCGUGCCUCUUUCUCUGUGUCGGAGGGGGGGCGGCAGUGCUAGCUUCCAGCCACAAUUGUGUCUUGUCAAAACCACUGCAGCGCACAGCUCCGGAUGCACACUAGGGGCGACCACCUUUUUCUGGGACGGGUGCUGCUAGUGGGGUGGGGGGAGGGAGCCUGGAAACCCGCGGACUGUGGGACAGCUUCAAAUGACACGAGAGCCACAUGACACACAGGCCCACGCUUACAGGAUACACACACACACACCAGGUGGUAGGUCGCAGGAGUAGAGGAGUGCAAACAACAACAAAAACAAGCGAGGUGUCCAGUCUUGUACCUGGAAGUUUGGAUUGGCAAAUUGGUGUAAGAGAGGGACUCGAAAAACCUCGGUGGCUCUCUACUCAUGUUGUUACUGUUGUCUUGGUUACCGCUCUCAAGUUUUUUUUUGUUGCUAUUUCCACAUCAUUAGAAAAUAUGAAAUAAAAAAUGAAAGUGAAAUCAACCUCUUCUCUGGAGAACGAACUUUGAUUUCUCUGUCUUGUGAGUUUGCAGUCUAUUUUUCUAACUUGCAUGGCAUUUAGUAGUAGGUGGUGCCUGUCCUGUGCAUGAGGAAAAGGGUGUUUAUUAAUCUGACUUACAAAGCCAUUGUUUCAUUCACUAGAAUUGCUGCUAAUGUACACAUUGAAUGUCCAACUAACGUCUUGAAAAAGAAACUAUUUGUGACUUCAAAAACAUCCCCCGCCCCCACAAGAAAGCCCAAGUUUCUAUCGGUGGAGUCAGAAAAGGACCCAUUUCUUCGCCUACAAAGUGUUACCUUACAAGGGCAAUAUUGUGCAUGACAAGCAAGCGUCCACAUGACCAAAGGUUUUGAGAGACAGAUGAAUGGGAGUUUGGUUGAGUUGACCCAGAUGCUGCUGUCAUACAUGUCUGCUCACCUGUAUGUUGUGUUUUUAAAGAAUGAACGAGCACUUGAGUAUUUGUACCUUGGUUCAGUUGCAUGCGUGUGAGUGGAGAAAGCCCUAACCGGUAUGUUUGUGUUUACUUUUAUACCUCAUUGUGUGAGUACUGUAUAUCCUCAUGUAUCUGUACCCCUCGCGUCCUGUUGAAAGGCUGCUGGCUGCUGUGUGUGUGUGUGUGCCUGUGUGGAUGCUGGUUGUACAGUUGACUCCUUACUCUCUCCGAUUUUGUCUCUGGUUUUCUCACUCAUGUUCUGAUGGCAAUAAAGGACUUUUCAUUGUUUGGUA